AUGGGCUGUCAAUAUCAAAAUUUUGACUCACUGGAUGCAACAGUAUUAAGUUUUAUUCAAAACGCACUACUCAUAAGGUUGCUCAAAAUCCGUCGACAGCCCAAGACCGAUUUCGCCCUUUCUGGGGCUUAUCAGGUAGGCGCAGUCCCAGGGUUUCCGCCAACCGUACGUUCUACUCGAAACCAAAUUGCACGAAGAGUAAGUCAGGUGACGCGACAGAGAAAGCAGAACCCAGAAGUCCGCAGUUUCAUGGGACCUGCGAGCUAUCACAGGAGGUUUGAAAAGGAUUUUGCACAUAUAAGGACACCACUGUACACUCUGACACAGAGGAAACGCCCUUCGAUUGCAUCUAACAUGAAUGAAGCUCUUCAACGAUCCCAACGUUCCCGGACAGGCAGAAAGCGGGCUUGUUCAUACUGGAUAACGAUGCUAGGGACAGCCGAGGCCGUUCUCACCCAAGCUGUAGCAUACUUCCGGUGCCUAGCUGCCAUGCCACUCGAAGGAAGCACGAGGGCUGGCAUAGUGCCCAAGCCUAGACAGGGGAAGUCGAGAGGCGGAGGUCGGAUUCGAACCACGGAGCUUCCGGAAAUCGAAGGAGGUACAAUUUUCUAUAGCUCAACGUGUAAUACAGCUCAGCCUGGUGGUGCGAAAACGCACACUUAUUGCCCGUCACAGAGCACGUCGAUAGUCCUGGUUGAUACAGAGACAGUCAAUCAGCUGUAA